AUGUCCUGCCCUACUGGCACCGACCGUGACGCGGUGCAGGCUGCUCUCAUUUGAGGCGCAACCCAUCCUUGUUCGACCGCCUGGCCAUGCUCGUGCGGGUGCUGCGGGUGCUGCUGCUGCUCGCGGCGCUGGUGAUCAUGGUGGACAGUAAGAUGCAGUGUGGCCCAGAUGAGCAUGAACACGGCAACAUCUGCUGCAGAAACUGCAUGAGUGGCCAGUACGUCAGGAAACCCUGCAGCGAGAACCAUGGUGUUGGAGAGUGUGAGGUGUGCGGGGAUGAAACCUACACGUCCCACUCCAGUGGCUUGACCUACUGCCUACCGUGCACCCAGUGCCGGAAGGACCAGGAGGUGGUGGCCAACUGCACCAGGACCAGCAACCGGCAGUGCCAGUGCAAGACGGGAUUCUAUUGUGAAUCUGAGGACCGUGAGAUAUGCCGCCCGUGUCACAGUUGUCCUGAAGGCACAGUCAUCCGUCACCCCUGCAAUGCUACGACGGACACAGUGUGUGAAGAAGAGAAAGGGAAGGCAAACGGGGAUUCGUGGUUGAGCAUUAUACCUGUGGUGCUUGUUGUCAUUGUACUCGCCUCCUGCCUUUACUGCAAGAGAAGAGGAAUUCAGCCUUUUUCCAGGGUCUUCAGUUUCUUUAAGACAUCCCUGCAAGAUCACCCUGUUUUACAGACCUACAAAGCAGAACACCUGAGGCUCAGAGGACUACACAAUGCACUCCAGGUCUCCAAUCCUUUCCCUGGUCUGUCUGACCUGGAUCCAGUGGCCUUCUCAGUCCAGACCUGGUGACGGCCUCUCACUCAGAAGAGAUGGACAGAGGAACGGCAGGGUGGACCUCAGCAGGCUGUAUCCCCUGGGGUUUUCAACUUUCCCAGGACCCUCCAGUACCUUCCCCCCAGGAAGGCUGGCAGCCUUGGGGCUUGGCUGGGCUCUGUGUGGUCCACGUGUAAGCCGGGGACCACCCCCAUCCUGGGCCAUGGUGUGCCUGGACCACCCUGGCCAGGCAGGGGGAGGCACCUCUGGGAAUGCCCCCCAUGGAGCAGAGUGAUGUUGGGACCUAUGCAUUCUUUCCAGAAAUGUAAACCACCUCUUCUGUCUUAGUUAUCUGGUGCUGCUAUAACAGAAAUACCACGUGUGGCUGGCUUUAACAAACAGAAAUCUAUUUUCUCACAGUCUAGGAGGCUAGACAUCUGAAUUCAGGGUGCUGGUUCUAGGGAAAAGCUUUCUGUCUCUGUGGGCUCUGGAGGGUGGUCCUUGUCUUUUCUGAGCCUCUGCUCCUGGGCGAUCUUAGUGUGGCUGGACAGCUCUCUUCCCCCAUCUCUGUCUGCUUGCUGGCUUGCUUAUUUAACCUCUUUAUAUCUCAAAAGACAUUCACUCGAGAUGCACCCUACGGUAAUCCUGUCGCAUUAACGUAACAAAGGCAGCCUAUUUCCAAACAGGAUUGUAACCACAGGCAUAGAGGUUAGGGUUUACAACACGUGUUUGUGGGACACCAUUCUAUCCUUCUUUUUAUUUUUUCAGCCACCAGUAGAAUUUAUUAUGAAUUUGGAAACAAGGUUUUAGGAAGUAACUGGAAGAAGCUGAUGAGGUUUAUCGGCCUGGAAGAAAAUGAGAUUAAGUUGUGUGAAGAGGAGAGUCCAGGAGAUGUGACGGAGCAGGGCCACGAGAUGCCCCUCAGGCAUAGGUCAGGGAGGGAAGCUUCUACCUCCAUAAAAUGGAGUUAAAUGUGUCUGCAAAAUAUUAUUAAUAUAUUGGUUGCCGAUGGUAUCCUAGACAGGCAUGAAGAGACCAGUAAUUAGAGUACACCCUAAUUAGAGUACACUGAUUGUGGCCUUCCCCAGUAUUGAGAGUGAGUGUGACCUGGGCUUCUUCACUAGCCCCCAAAACUUUGCGAAUCCCAGACAGGGCUGUGCCCCUUUCUGUAAAUAGCUCCUGUCCAGAGCUUUGAAUGGGGGAUCGUUCCUCCCACAGUUGCGUGCCUUUCUGCCAGAGUGAAGUGAAGCGGGCGCUGCCUGGGGACGCGGUGCCUGGCUGGCAGAGGAGGGCUGUUAAGUAGGAACCUGCAUACUGUGCCAGGUGGGUUCAUGUGAUCGGAGCUGAGGCUGGGAGCACGUGGUUUUUCCUUUCUGCCUCCACCAAAAUGCUGGUUCCACUGUGUUUCUUGUGUUCACUGUGAUAGUCCCACUGCCUAGAAAAGGAUGCUCCCAAAUCCAUCAAGCACAAAGGCAACUGGCUGGGAACAUAAAGCCUGGAUCAGACCAGCGCUCAAGGGCGUCUUCCUAGCACAGGAGUUGCCUUAGACCAGAUACCCCCCUUUCUAAACCUACAUGGGGCGGGCAUGGUCUCUUUAAUACAUUCAUUGUACUUGACACCACCUAAGUGCCUCAAGUUUCCAUUAUUGGGAGGACCUUAGAAGUUCACUGGAUUCUAGGUGGGUUGUAGUAUUUUUGUAAAUGUCAAUGUAAAGUUUCUUUUUAAUAUAUUGAUGUUUUUAAAAAUAUUAAGUGUUUGUAAAAAUAUGUAUAUGCUAAUUUGACAGUAUUUAAAGACUUAUUUUUAAAUUAUUUUCAUGAAAUAUUCAUAUGAAACACGCUUUUUAAGUAUUAGUGCAAGGACUGGGCUGUUUGCCAAUGUCUAAUUGCCUAAUAAAUUUCUGUACCUCA